CUCGCCCAGCCCCACAGGGUUGACGCCUGUGGACGAGAGUCUUGUGUGACGCCUGCACAGCGGCACAGUUUCCAGUCUGUCUGUGGUAGAAUUUAUGUUUUUCUCCAAAUACGCAGAGAAAAGAGCAACAUUUCUAAGGGGACUCCAUUUUCUACCCCUUUACUCCCAAAGGUACAUAUAAACUGUGGUUUUCACGUUGAGCUCUGACAGAAAAGGAGCCUUUGCAAGAGGCAAGUUUGGAACACUAGAUUGCGACGCCACCUUCUCGUUGCCUAGUUACUGUUUCCACGGCAGUCGUGCCGUCAACAAUGCUAAACGAGCCCAAGAGUCGGAGAAGGGGCAUUUUACUUUCUUGGCGAGAGAGGACGCGAAGAGGAGGUCACGGGGGAAUUGCGUGAAAGAAACGUUAGUUCCUUGAGAAGGCAAGAGGGUAGGAGAGGAAAGGACAAGCUGUGAAGAAAGGGAUGGAGAUACUGCUAUAGUGAGAAAAAAGCUAAGUAGUUUUCAGGACUCAUAUGGUGGCCAUGGAUCCAACGGGCCCUUCUGAGAGCAUUUAUAACCUCAUACCCAGUGACCGGAAGGAGCCUUCACAGCCUCCUAGGUAUGUAUCAAUUUUUAAAGCAACUGUAAAAGAUGACAUGCAAAAAUUUAAAACUGCAAUGAAAACUAUGGGACCAGCAAAACUUGAAGUACCUUCUCCAAAGGAUUUCCUGAAGAAACAUUCAAAGGAAAAAAUUCUACCACCCAAAAAAAAGUUUGAAUGGAAUGAGCGCAGAAAGCCACCUGUGCCAUUGAGGACUGACCAUCCAGUCAUGGGAAUACAGAGUGAAAAAAAUUUUAUAAAUACAAAUGCAGCUGAUGUCAUCAUGGGAGUGGCUAAAAAGCCUAAACCGAUUUAUGUUGACAAGAGAACUGGAGACAAGCAUGACCUUGAAACUUCAGGACUGGUUCCGAAGUACAUCAAUAAAAAGGAUUACGGUGUCACACCUGAAUAUAUAUGUAAGCGAAACGAGGAAGUGAAGAAAGCCCAAGAAGAAUACGAUAACUAUAUCCAGGAAAACCUCAGGAAAGCAGCUAUGAAAAGGCUAUCUGAUGAAGAAAGGGAAGCGGUUCUGCAGGGGCUGAAAAAGAACUGGGAAGAGGUGCAUAAGGAGUUUCAGUCCCUCUCGGUCUUCAUUGACUCCAUACCAAAGAAGAUUCGCAAGCAGAAGCUGGAGGAAGAGAUGAAGCAGCUGGAGCAUGACAUUGGUGUCCUCGAAAAGCACAAAGUCAUUUAUAUUGCUAAUAAGAACUAGUGGGUUUUAAAAAAUAAAAUCAUUUUAGCACAUGGAAAAAAACACAGAAAACAUAAAAAUGAAACCAUAAGUUUUCUCAAGGAGGAAAAUACUAUGAAGAAUAGAAAAAGUCUUUACCAAAAUGCUUAAGCAGUGUUUAAAGAAUAAUUGGAUUAUUUACUUACAUAGAAAAAAAUGUUUUUUUUACUAGCAUCAGGGUUUCCUUGUAACCUGAUUAAAGUUUGAUUUUAGAUUUUCCAGUUCUAUAGCAUAAUUCAUUAUACUUGUUUCAGAUAAACAUUCAUUUCUGGGCACUUAAAAAGUCAGCACUCAGAACUUCACGUUUUUUUUCUUCACUGUGUUAAUGCAAGAAACACCAGGUUAAAAACUGUAAAGUAUUUUGAAUUAGAAAUAACUGUGUGCUCUGUGUACUUUUACUACUCUGAAGUGUUUUCUACAUAUUGUUCCAGAGAUCCACAAAUUACAUGUAUUCUCUGGUAGCCUAUGUCAUUUGCAGCUAUUCACACCUAUUAAUAUUUUCAAUAUCCAUAAUGUUAUAUAGGCUGAGAGGUUUACAUUUGAAGGAAGAAAAAUUAAGAAAAUAACAUAAAAUCAAGGAGAAAACUUAUAAAUUGCAUCACUGAGGAUUGUUAAAGAGAAUCACCUUCUUUCUGACAUUUGACUUUCAAAACCUGCUAUUCUUGGUGCCUUAUAUUCCAUAAUUUACUAUAUGUAUUCCACUAACAUGGGAUAUUACUUUUACUUUCUGGCUUUCUCUAUUUUGUGAAUUCUUAUAUUUCUAUUUGUAAGGUUACAUAAUUUAUUAAGCAAUAAGUUUAUGUAAGUAGAGCUGUCUUCAACUCAAAAUAAAUGAGCCUAUAAGUAUCCAAGAAGGAAAAGAUUAUUUUAUGAAAUUUUAAAUUAUAGAAAUUUGGUAAAAUAUAUGAAAUUACAAAAUAUCAGAGCAAUAACAAUUUCUACUAUUUACGCCAAUUUUUAUUCUACAGACAACACAGGAAAAAAAAUGACAAUUUUUUUCAAGCUUUUUCACAAGCACAGAAUUUGCGAGCAUUGUAGAAAAGCUUACUUUAGUUAAAAAUUUUUGUAUACAAAUUUUUUGAAAACUCACUGUAAACUUUUUGUCACAUCUGUGUAUAGGCAUCAUUUCUUUAUCCCUUUAUUACCUCAGGGCAGAUGUAAAAAAUACAUAUAGCUGACCCUUUAACCAUACAGGGGCUAGGGGCACUGAUCCUCCACCCAGUUGAAAAUCUGUGUAGUCAGCUUUUUGUCUACUCGGUUUCUCCGUGUUCAUGGUUUUGUUCCCUCAGAGUCAACCAACCACAGGUCACAUAGUACCGUAGUGAUUACUAUUGAAAAGAGUCCACAUGUAAGUGGACCCACACAGUUCAAACUCGCGUCAUUCAAGGUUCAACUGUAUAUGAUAAAUUCUCACUUAUCUAGAAUUUUCUUCCUUUGUAAAACAAUAAUACUGCAUUGUCUGGGGACUUCCCUGGCCAUCCCAUGGUUAAGACUCUGCACUUCCACUGCAGGGGCCAUGGGUUCAGUCCCUGGUUGGGGAAGUUCUGCAUGCUGUGUAGUGCAGCCAAAAAAAAAAAAAGAGAGAGAGAGAGAACUCCAUCAUCUGUAUAUACCACAUUUUGCUUAUCCGUCCUUCUGUAGAUGGACACUUGAUUUGCUUCCACGUUUUAGCUGUUGUAAAUAAUGCUGCUAUGAUCAUGAGUGUACAUAUAUCUCUUCAAAACCCUGCUUUAAAUUCUUUUGGGCGUAAGUCCAAAAGUAGAUUUGCUGAAUCGUAUGGUUAUUAUAUUUUUAAUUUUUUGAGGACCUGUCAUACUCUCCAUUGCUGCUAUACCAUUUUGUUGUUUAGCCGCCCAGUCAUGUCCGACUCUUUGCAACCCCAUGGACUGCAGCACACCAGGCCUCCCUGUCCCUCACCACGUCCCGUAGUUUGCCAAAGUUCAUCUUCAUUGCAUCAGUGAUGCUGUCCAACCAUCUCAUCCUCUGAUGUCCUCUACUCCUUCUACCCUCAAUCUUUCCCAGCAUCAGGGACUUUUCCAAUGAGUUGUCUGUUUGCAUCAGAUGACCAAAU